AGGAGGAUGAGCUGGCUCUUUCCCCUGGCCAAGAGCGCGUCGUCCUCCGCCGCCGCCGGGUCCCCCGCCGGCCUCACCAGUCUCCAGCAGCAGAAGCAGCGGCUGAUCGAGUCGCUCCGGAACUCCCAUGCCAGUAUAGCUGAAAUACAAAAAGAUGUAGAAUACAGAUUGCCAUUCACAGUAAACAACCUGACAAUUAACAUUAAUAUAUUACUUCCGCCACAGUUUCCUCAGGAAAAACCAGUGAUUAGUGUUUAUCCACCAAUAAGACAUCACUUAAUGGAUAAUCAAGGACUAUAUGUUACCUCUCCAUUAGUAAACAAUUUUACCAUGCACUCAGAUCUUGGAAAAAUUAUUCAAAGUCUUUUGGAUGAGUUCUGGAAGAAUCCUCCAGUUUUAGCUCCUACUUCAACAGCAUUUCCAUACCUAUAUAGUAAUCCAGGUGGGAUGCCUCCUUACCCUUCUCAAGGUUUUCCAUUUCUUCCUCCGUAUCCUCCACAAGAAGCUAACAGGAGUAUCACAUCUUUGUCUGUAGCUGACACUGUUUCUUCUUCAACCACAAGUUAUACCACAGCCAAGCCAGUGGCUCCUUCAUUUGGCAUCCUUUCCAGUCUGCCGCUACCUGUUCCCACGACAGAAUCUUCAGCACAGAUUAACCAAAAUGGUUUUGGUUAUAAGAUGCCGGAUAUCCCUGAUGCAUUUCCAGAACUUUCAGAACUAAGUGUCUCGCAGCUCACAGACAUGAAUGAACAAGAGGAGGUGUUACUAGAACAGUUCCUGAUGUUGCCUCAACUAAAGCAAAUUAUUACUGACAAGGAAGACCUAGUAAAAAGUAUCGAGGACUUAGCAAGAAAUAAUCUCCUUUUGGAGCAUACCUUGGAAACCAAAAGGCAAACUGUUUUAGAUAAGUAUGAAUUACUUAUCCAAAUGAAAUCUACCUUUGAAAAGAAGAUGCAAAGACAGCAUGAACUCAGUGAGAGUUGUAGUGCAAGUGCCCUACAGGCAAGAUUGAAAGUAGCUGCACAUGAAGCUGAGGAAGAGUCUGAUAAUAUUGCUGAAGAUUUCUUGGAGGGAAAAACUGAAAUAGAUGAUUUUCUCAGUAGCUUCAAGGAAAAGAGAACAGUAUGUAAUACUCUUCAGUUGAGGAUGAGUGACAACAUAAUAUCAAAUUUUUUAAGUAUGUUCAUGGGUAAAAUAGCACAUAACCAAGCUGGAAUGCUGAGUAUUGAGCGGACUCUGAAAAGCUUCUUUUCUUUAGGGAAGGAUAGUAGUCUGCUACUGUUGCUUUAAACCUGUUAGUUAGGAGUACACGACCAAGGAAUUUAAUGAUAGUGUCUGUAUCAUUGUGUAGGAGCUGGUAAACCAGCUUAGUUUGAUCAGCUUAACAGCUUUAAUA